CUUGCAAGCCGCCUAACCUCUCAUAAAACCCUCCGACGAACGAACAAUUUCGCACCAAAAUCAAUCUCACUUCCUAUUUAUCCACCAAAUCACCUUCUCCAUCCAAACAAACCCUAAACCCUCACUAGCCGUUGUACAGUGCCAAUUGUAAAGACGACCUCAAAUAAGACCUCUUCAUAAUCUAUUCUCUCUCUCUCUCUUUCCAAAGCCCUAGAUUACAAUUUUUGUUCGAAUCUCUUCGUUUGCUUACACAAUCUACAAUCCACCAUGAGUCCCAUUAAGAAUUUCGAGCAACACUCUCGCCACCUCAUAGAACCCGACCUACCAAUUCAGACGAGGCUACAAAUGGCGAUGGAGGUACGGGACAGUUUAGAGAUCACACACACAGGGGAGUACUUGAAUUUCCUGAAGUGUUAUUUUCGGGCGUUCUCCGCGAUUCUGUAUCAUAUAACGAAGCCCCAAUUCGCCGAUAACCCCGAGCACAAGCUCCGGAACAUUGUGGUGGAAAUUCUCAAUCGUCUUCCUCACAGUGAAGUCCUUCGGCCCUUCGUUCAGGAACUCUUGAAGGUUGCAAUGCAUGCACUCACCACCGAUAACGAAGAGAAUGGGUUAAUUUGCAUUAGGAUUAUCUUCGAUUUGCUUAGGAAUUUUAGACCAACCUUAGAAAAUGAAGUUCAGCCCUUUUUGGACUUUGUGUGUAGAAUUUACCAGAACUUUAGGGCCACUGUAACUUAUUUCUUUGAAAGUGGGGCGGUUUCGGCACCAGUUGCGGUUUUGGGUUCUAUGUCAUCGUCGACAUUAAGUUCAUCGGUAGGUGGGGAAGAUGUGAGGCCAAUGGAGUUGUCCGAUCCAAUAUGUCCAAGUGCUGGAUAUGUUGGGCAGCUUAACCCGAGUACCAGGUCGUUCAAGAUUGUUACGGAGAGUCCCUUGGUGGUUAUGUUUCUGUUUCAGUUGUAUGGCCGGCUUGUUCAGAUCAACAUUCCUCAUUUGUUGCCAUUGAUGGUCGCCGCAAUUUCUGUUCCGGGUCCUGAAAAGGUUCCGCCCCAUCUCAAGACUCACUUCAUUGAAUUAAAGGGCGCCCAGGUUAAGGAUUGUCAGAUGAAUGCGUGUUUGAAAUCUAGUGUCAAUUGUACUCCUUAUUCCCUAGUUAGAGGCAGUGGAGAAAGAAAACAUGUUAUAUCAGCUUUUCUAAUCUAUAUCAAGGCUCUAUCCAAUUUUACUUCUAUAUUCUGCUUGGGUCUUUCUUUUCUAACCUACCUCAAACCCAGUCAUCACAGUCGCAAAAUUCCCUCCAAAUGUGGCCUGUUUGCCAUUCAAGUAAUAGGCAACAAUGAGAAACUCUCACCAAGUAGCAGGUAUAGUAUUCCUACGAGUGUUCGUAUCUUGAAUGGAGGAGCUAAAGCAGUUGAUGAAUGUCCUGAUUGGUAG